ACUCGAACCCCGAACCAAUAUCAGCCGUGAGUAGUACCCUACUACACGAGUGUCUCUUUGCUUUCUUUUAUUAUCCAUAUUAUUAUUAUAAUUUCACGGCUAUUAUAAUAUUCGAUCGAUAUUGUCGAUUUCUUUUUGUCUUUCAUUUUCUUUUUUAUUUCUAUCGAGUGUGCAAGAACAAACGUUUGUAAGUUCAUUUGAAAAAGAUCCGAAGGAAGAGGAAAAGGAUUCGUCGAGGAGGUAUAUUCGUAUCAUUAUUACUGCUGACAUCAAGCAGAGUAGACGGAACUAAAAGUAACAGUCACGGGAAAGGAAACAAAAGAGUGGAUGGUAAAUAAAAGAAGAUAAAAGAGAAAAAGUUGUUGGGGAAAUAAUAAAUAUAGUGUAAACUCGUAAAAAGAGAAUUUACGUGAAAGAGAAAGGAAAAUGAAGACGAUACGAACGAUAAUAUGGUUAGUAUUACCAAUCACAAGCUGUCUAGCUUUGCCACCGUCACAACAAGAAUACGCUCGUGGUUCGGUUAGAGCAAAACAAACGACACCAACGUUGCCCAAUAGAAUUACAUCUGUUGUCACUUCGACGAUCGUACCAUCGAUAACAAGUUCAAGUUCGUCUAUAGCGUCAAAUUCAAUGUCUUCGGUUACGACGCCUAUUCCAACAUCUACUUCGUCGGCAACAACCAUAACAGCGUCAUCUUCGUCAAUCAAUCCGAUCGUAUCAAUUGCUUCCACCGAACAGAUUAUGUCAAGAACGGCAGCUACUUCCGGUAGCGGAAGUACUGUGUUCUUGUCUUCAACAAGAAAGGUCAGCACGAAACUGGAUGAACCAACUAGCACGUUGCCCUCUACUUCGGGUAAGGAGACUCGUGAAUCACCUGGGAAGAUUCGACCGCAAAUAAAGCUAACAACAAAUUAUACUAGCGCGAGCGAGACAGGAGUACGAUUGCCGGAAGGAGCAAGCGCGGCAUUGGCGAAGCCCACCAAGUAUCAUUAUUAUCCUCACAAUCAACACAUUUAUUUGCUUCCGGAAUGUGCGGUCCAACAAGUUUGUAAUGCCGUCUACGUGCGAUUGAACUUCACUCAACCGCUUUGCGCCUGUCCAGGACGUUACCGCGACCCUUGCAGCGCUUCCCUUGACAGCGACGAUCAUCACACGACCGAGCUAGUAACUGAUCCACGUACCAAGGCUCUAACACUCGUGAAAACAUGCGAACCAGUUGCUGAAAUGCGAGAAUGCAGAGCUCCAAGGGAUUGGUCUCUUUUAGCCCUUCAAAAUACACGAACCGGAAAGUCUCACUACUUGGUGAUAUGCCGAUGUCCGGAUUCGAAUAUACUUGAGGGUCCCAUGAGUCACGAUCAACCGACCUAUGCAAGUGUACCAGGAAUUCGUGUUUAUGGAAUGAUGUGUGUGCAAGGAAAUAGAAGAGGCCGGCCAUUACGACAUAUACGUAGUCUUAUGGGUUUUAACGACUUGGAGGAAAAUACCGAAAGAUUUCUAUUCGGCAGAGAUGAUAAGCUAGAGUUUCCUUGGGAUAAGGUUCAUCAGUUGAUGAAAAUGGCCGUUUGGGAGUGAUUUACGAUCAGUUCGAAUUUUAUUCUCGCUCUUCGUCUCUUUCUCUCUCUCUCUCUCUCUCUCUCUU